CUGGGCCUGUAUUACAACUCGAGCGUUUCUAGCCAUUUGUAUUAUGCAACGUUUUCUGAUAUGCUUUUUAAAUGAAUUAAAGCAUUAUCAUCAAGUCGUUUAAUAUGCUAACUUGAUAUUUUGACCACCACCACUACUCUUCUGGACAGUUGGCUGUCGCUUUAAUCCACAUAAUGGUUGCUUUAUUUGAUACUAAGUACAUUGUAGUCUUUGUGGCAUAGAUAUACAGAGAACUGAAACUGUUGGUUGAUUUUCUCUGUCAUAUGACGCAAAUCGAUCACAGUAGCGAAAAUGCAUUUAUCCUACACAUCUUAUCACAUUUGGUUGUUUUAGUCCUAUUUUUCAUAAUUUUAUCUGCGAUUUGGCGUAUUUUGAAUUUAUCUUUCCGUUUAUGAAGUUCACUCUUGUAUAUUGAUAUAGGAGCUUGGAUAGUAAAUUCAGAUCCUAUGUUGAUAAUGCAUACCUAUCCGUUUGCUGGUCGCUGUAACAUUAUAAUGACCCUUAUUUGUGGGCGAAAAGUUACGUGAUUUUAAUGUGUUCUAUUGGUUUUUACUACUUUGCAUAUCAAGUCUCUUAAAUACUAUUCAUAUCCCGUGUGCUUUCUUGAACUGGGAUCCUCUGAAUGAUUUGGUUCUAGUGAUUUUUCAUUGAAACUAUAAAUUGCAGUUUUUCUCAUUUUAUUCUCAAGGUAACUGCUUUCGCGAUGACGAGUGUAAGAAAUGCUGAUACGUCUACUUUAUCCCAUCAAUCCUUAAAGGAUAUGGGAAAUCAAUUAUUUACGUCGUGUCAAUACAGUCAGGCGAUUCAAUGCUAUACACAUGCUAUUAAUAAGCAACCAAAUAUAUCUUCCUACUACUCAAAUAGAGCAUUGUGUUACAUUCAAACACAAGAAUAUUCAAAGGCUUUAUCAGAUUGCAGACAAGCGAUCGAGUUAGACCAUAACAAUUUAAAGGCUUACUUUUUCGCUGGACAAGCACAUCUAGGAUUGAAUCAAUAUGAGGAAGCAAUUGCAAGAUUAAUUCACGCCCAUAAUCUGGCUUUAGAACAGCAUCGUAAUUUUGGAGAUGAUAUAACUUCUGUCAUUCGAUUGGUUAGGAAAAAACGUUUCGAAGCAUUGGAUGAAGAUAGGAGAAAAGAAGAAAUUUCCUUACAGGCGUAUUUAAAUCAACUGAUCAUGGAUGAUGCUGUUCGUCAGAAACAAGCCUUGAUAUCUACAUCAACCAGAACGUCCCAAGCUAACGUAGAAGAAUCGUCCAGUCUUACUGCACUUGGUUGUCUGCCAAAUCAACCUACAGAUGAGUCACUUCAAACUAAGUCUGAAAGCAAGGCUAACAAGUUAUCUGCCGUCAACGAUAACUUUAAUUUCGAAAAUAUUUCAUCUGAACUUCAGGAUAUAGUUGCCGAUAUAGAUGGCGCAGCUCAAAGGCGUAUUUCGGAGCUGAAUGAAUUAUUCGUCAAGGUGGAUCAGCGUCGGCAGAAAAGAGAAAUUCCAGAUUAUUUGUGUGGUCGUAUUAGCUUCGACCUAAUGCGAGACCCUGUUAUCACGCCAAGUGGCAUUACGUAUGACCGGCAAUCAAUUAUUGCUCAUCUGCGCCAAGUCGGACAUUUCGAUCCUCUUUCACGCCAACCACUGACAGAAGACCAGCUGAUACCAAACUUAUCGAUGAAAGAAGUUGUACAAGCCUUUCUGGAUGAAAAUCCAUGGGCUGAAACAUUCCUUACAUCAAGAUUUUACACCUACCGUGUGAAAUCCAACACGUUUUAUCGAACUAUGUAUGGCCGACGCAGGGCUGCAGUUAUGCCACAUGUCACCAGACGACAAACCGAACCAAUGACUUCAGACACUAUUGAACAGGGGGAUUGUGUCGAGGUUUCUAUUGAUGCAUUGCAUUCAACUUUAGAUUCAUCUCAUGGAAUGAGUCGAUCACGACCUAUUGGGUUGUCGUUUAUCUCCUCAUCGUCAUCUAGCAAUUCGUCCCAUUCACCACCUCCAGUAACUAGACGGACACGUCAGGUUCGGAGAAUAGAUCGAACUCAUCAUUUGUCACAGCGUCCAACCCUAAUUCAAGAACUCGCAGCCGUGGUGUACCCGAUAACCUAG